AUGAUCGACACGAUGACUGGAAAGAACCUCGCCGAUUUUCGGUUGGCCGACAACUACCUCAAGGACCUUGAAACUAAGGACCUUAAAACAGUGGCGGUCACGAGCGUUCCGGAGAUGAAACUGUUGAAACUGAUCGGUGAUGAUGAGGGGGUGCAACACAAAGCAUUCAACUUUGCUUUUGAACGCCUAGCCAUCCGGGGGAUGGCCGAGAGCGAGUGCUCUCACCCCGCAUGGAACUCAUUCAAGAAAAGUUUAACAGCAGCGGGCCUCACCAUGGACAUCAUGAAAUUGUCGAUAUGUAACUUUGAUCAUGGUGCCUACAAGAGCGGAGACAAGCUUGAGAUGAAGCAGGACGCAUUUGCUCUGUUCCUCGCGGAACAGGAGGAUGAAUAUUUCCAAGGCUUCCAAGAAAGGGUGGCGGCAGACCGCAACGAGCCAUACGAGCCCGACCUGCUCCCAAGGGACACCCUGCAGGACUGGCUGCAAACCAAAGCCCUGCAGAACAGAGGCUUGUACGAGCGCUAUGGUCCCGACGAUGGACAUGAUGCUGGUGAUGCUGAAGAGGCGGAAGAGAGGGCACCCACCAGCAAGAGCGAACUCUACGAGAUCUUUGGGAAAAAAGGGCCGAUUCACAUGGUGGCCGGGUUCAUGGCUGACCGGUCGCUUCAGGAGACAGCCCGGCUGGUGGUGGAGAUAGCCCAGCCCCUGGAACAAGCGUAUCAUGACACGAACACCUUGCUUCAAGAAGGCUGGGAGGAGCAAAUGCGUUUUGCUUCGGAAAGGGCCUUGGGCGAGUAUGUGCGGACAGUGGUCAUGAUUCUCUGGACCCUGCAGAAGCCCAAGCUGCAUGACAGAUUGCAGAUGACGAAGGCGAGCAGGGCGGCAGUGCCGGACGAAGUGCCCGCUUGGGCACAGCAUGAGCAGCAUUUGCUGCUGACAUGCGUGACGUUUGCAGUUGCUUUGGCAUCCAAUGUGCUUUGGAGCAACCUUCACCACUGGAUGAGCUUUCCGCACAUCCUGGCGGGGCUGUUGGUGGCCGACAAGAAGAUCCGUGCUGAGGUUCUUCGGCAUGCACGCCGCAUCGCCGAAACUGUUGUGGCAGCAGAAAAGCACGCUGAAUCUGUCGGAGGAGCCGAAUGGAAGGAGAUCUUUGUCGACCUGUGGAAUAGACAGCCGCUGGCUCGAGAAGUCAUGGGGCUUGUUUUGCAGGGCGAGACCAGGUCGCUGUUGCAGCUGGCACGGCGACUAUAUCAAGGUACCCCUUCAACGAAGGAUGUUCUGGAGAAUUGCUUCGCUUUCCUCCACAGAAAGGCAACGGUCCACUCCACCAACUUUAAAAUGUCUGAUGCUUGCAAGUACUUGUAUGCCAUUGGAAGCCCGUACUCCGCGACCGGGGGCGUGCCACAGAUCAAGCCGGACAAGAAGGAUUUUGCUACAAUCCUUUCCCCGACUGGUCUGCCAGACAGGGAGCUCGCGAACAAGACCAUGUUUGCCACCCGAGCUACGCUUCCGAAGCCUGAGGUUUUGCCACGUCCCGGGACAAUCUUUCAUGAGAAAUGGAAGAACUCUGGACCGUUGGCACAGCAGCGAGCUGCCGCCGCAGUUUCCUACCUGUGCGAAGACAGAGCGAAGUCCUGGGCCAACAUCGAUCUCUGUUUUCUAGGAUCGCUGUUCGUCAGCGGCUGCGUGUUCGUUCACACAGAAGCGAACGAAUACGUGUUGAGCUUGGGUUUUCGCAAGUGGGCCGCUGUGGGCUGGCCACUCAAGGUGAAGUUCAUGCAUUGUUUCGAGCUUCGUGGGCCCUGGCGAAUGGUUCCCACCCAACCGCUGCUUCGCGCAUUCACCCCCCUUGAGUUGAACACUCCGUUUGCAUGGAAAGUUUGUGGGCCACCAGAACCUCUGCUGGAAGCCGCGCUGAAGAACGGAGUAAGCAUUGUGGUUCCACACCUGAAACAGAUCUGUGCCAUGCUCGGCGUGGAAAUUCCACGCACCGGCGGCGGCAAGGGCGGCCGAGUGCUGAAGGUGGAUAUUGCCAGCGCAUUGAUCUCUGCCCUUUUCGCAGAUGCGAGUGACGACGAGAGAUCAAGAAUGAUUUCUGCGAUUUGCGGCAACAGCCAGCAGAAGGCCCCCAAAGAGUCGGAGCGCGAAGUUCUCGAUGUUGUUGCGCAGUUGGCAGAAGAGGACCGCGAGUGCCACGAGUUCAAGAAGGUCGCGAAGCUGGCCCGGGAAAAGGUGCAAGAGUUGGAUCGCAAGCGGACCGAGAAGGAACUGCGAGCAAAGAUUCAGGAAGAGCGGGGGGCGCCAAAGGCGGUACGUCCCGAUGCUCCCGCUCAAAAUGCAGCCGAGGCCGCAAGGGCGGCGACAGAGGAAUCAAGGCAGCGACCGGCAACUCCGAGGCAGGAUGCGGCUGCCGCCGGGCCUCCCGAUCCCGCAUCAGUACACCGCAGGAGAAGCAGCACACCGGCUGAAUUGCGAGAGCUCCUCUUCGAGGAUAUGAGGGCGAAGGUGACGCUGAUGCGUGACGCCGGCUCUUAUGGCUAUCGAGCCUACUACCCGAGCCCGGGCCUGUGUCGUCGGGUAUAA